CUGGUGGACCCCUACUCUUAUCGACAAGUUUGGCGGGUUCUUUUCCGUGUGACUCUUCGGAAACACCGGACCGAGGACUUACCUUUCUGCUACGAAGGACAACAGCCAUUACUGGUUUGGUCCACAGAUGGGCACCGCCGGCCAGGUCUACACUACAUUCGCACGUCAUAAAUCUUAUGGGUUACAAGCACAACAAAGGACAGUGCAUAUGCCCUCCACCCUUCAUCCUUUGGACAUUCCCAACUCAGAAAAGGGAUGCAGAACGCAGAAAGCAGUGGGUAAAGUUAGUGAACAGGAUAGACAAACUGGCAGGCAAAGUUUGGCAGGCAAACUCGUGGACCAUCUUGGGCUGUGGACUCAGACUCUGGAGGGAGGACUGCAGGUGGUGGCACAGGUGGACCAUCUUGGGCUGUGGACUCAGACUCUGGAGAGUGGACUGUAGAGUCAUCAGUA